AUGAACGAGGUGGAAGCGCCCUACUUGUUCAAUGAAACUCAACAAGCGUUAAAACAGGCCUCGGUGCUUCACCAUGAGACUUUUCUCCGGUAUCGAGAAGAGUUAAACCAAUAUGAGGUCGAGAUUCGAGGGCUCACUGAGAAGAGGGAUUCUUACAAACUUCUCAGUGAGCAACGUGAGGGGAAGGUUAAGAACCUCCAAGCGGAGCUAGAGGUGGCUCGGAAAGAGCAUCCCGACUUGGUCGAGCAGGUAAGAAGCAUAUUUGAGGUUAGUGACAAUGAGACAGACACGGUGGCUAACGGUCCAAACCUGCAGGUCCAAAAGAAGCUUGAUAAGAUCGAGCAAUUCCGGGCAGAGGUGGAUGCGGUAAAGGUCGAGGUUGAAGAGUGGAAAAGCAACAUGGACCGCUUGGCCUUGGAAAAGAAGACUGCCCGGGCACAAUUGGCAAAAAAGAUCGAGAAGCUCCAGUCCCAGCUAAAUUCGGUCGUCUCCGAUCUAGAAAAUCUAGCCAAUAAGCUUGAGACGGCCAAGUCGAAGGCCAAUGCCGAGGCGGCCCAGAGUGCCAAGGAGCUCGAAGUCGAGGCCAAAAAGUUGGCUUAUCCCGAGGAUGAUGAUGACUUCGAGGGUUUAAGCGGAUCCGAGUGCGGAGGAGACCCCGAGGGUGAUGAGGCGGCCCUUGGAGAAGACCAGGCCACUUAG